UCCAAGAGUGUAUUAUAGGCUUGGUAUACACAGUCUUGGUAUACGCAGUCUUGGUAUACACAGUCUUGAUAAACCCAGUCUUGGUUAACGCAGUCUAGGUAAACACAGUCUUGGUAUACGCAGUCUUGGUAUACACAGUCUUGAUAAACCCAGUCUUGAUAUACCCAGUCUUGGUUAAUGCAGUCUAGGUAUAUGCAGUCUAGAUAAACGCAGUCUAGGUAUACACAGUCUAGGUAUACGCAGUCUAGGUAUACGCAGUCUAGGUAUACGCAGUCUAGGUAUACGAAGUCUAGGUAUACGCAGUCUAGGUAUACGCAGUCUAGGUAAACGCAGUCUAGGUAUACGCAGUCUAGGUAUACGCAUUCUAGGUAUACGCAGUCUAGGUAUACGCAGUCUAGGUAUACGCAGUCUAGGUAUCUAGGUAAACGCAGUCUAGGUAUACACAGUCUAGGUAAACGCAGUCUAAGUAUACGUAGUCUAGGUAAACGCAGUCUAGGUAUACGCAGGCUAGGUAUACGCAUGCUAGGUAUACGCAGUCUAGGUAUACGCAGUCUAGGUAUAUGCAGUCUAGGUAUACACAGUCUAGGUAUACACAGUCUAGGUAUACGCAGUCUAGGUAUACACUGUCUAGGUAAACGCAGUCUAAGUAUACGUAGUCUAGGUAAACGCAGUCUAGGUAUACGCAGGCUAGGUAUACGCAUGCUAGGUAUACGCAGUCUAGGUAUACGCAGUCUAGGUAUACGCAGUCUAGGUAUAUGCAGUCUAGGUAUACACAGUCUAGGUAUACACAGUCUAGGUAUACGCAGUCUAGGUAUACACUGUCUAGGUAAACGCAGUCUAAGUAUACGUAGUCUAGGUAUACGCAGUCUAGGUAUACGCAGUCUAGGUAUACGCAUAGGUAUACGCAGUCUAGGUAUACGCAGUCUAUGUAUACGCAGUCUAGGUAUACGCAGUCUAUGUAUACGCAGUCUAGGUAUACGCAGUCUAGGUAUACGCAGUCUAGGUAUACGCAUAGGUAUACGCAGUCUAGGUAUACGCAGUCUAGGUAUACGCAGUCUAUGUAUACGCAGUCUAGGUAUACGCAGUCUGGGUAAACGCAGUCUAGGUAUACACAGUGUAGGUAAACGCAGUCUAGGUAUACGCAGUCUAGGUAUACACAGUGUAGGUAAACGCAGUCUAGGUAAACGCAGUCUAGGUAUACGCAAAUGUAUAAGCAGUCUAGGUAUACGCAUUCUAGGUAUACGCAGUCUAGGUAUACGCAGUCUAGGUAUACGCAGUCUAGGUAAACGCAGUCUAGGUAAACGCAGUCUAGGUAUACGCAGUCUAGGUAUACGCAGUCUAGGUAUACGCAGUCUAGGUAUCUAG